UUUGCUUUGAUCCGUCGUUUAUACUUCGUUGUGGUGAGUGGAAUGUGGAAUUUGCUUCAAAAUACGUCUUUGAAUUAUUACGAGAACCAGUUCCAUUUGUUACAUAUAAACAAUACCUGAAUCUUUUAAGUCAAAACUUAUUACAGGGUUAUUAUGGCUGAAGGAGUUGUGUUGUUUGGAGUUCAGAAGCUUUGGGAGCUUCUGAAUCGAGAAUCUUCGCGAUUGAAUGGAAUAGAUGAGCAAGUUGAGGGACUAAAGCGUCAGCUUGGAAGGUUACAGUCGUUGUUGAAAGAUGCAGAUGCCAGGAAACAUGAAAGUGAAAGGGUGAGAAACUUUUUGGAAGAUGUCAAGGACAUUGUUUAUGAUGCUGAGGAUGUAAUUGAAUCCUUCCUUCUGAAGAAAUUUAGAGGAAAAGAAAAAGGGAUCAUGAGGCAUGCGGAAAGGCUUGCUUGCUUCUUAGUGGAUCGCCGGGAAUUUGCUUCAGAUAUCGAAGGCAUAACUAAGAGGAUUUCUGAGGUGAUUGAGGGAAUGCAGAGGUUAGGGAUACAACAGAUUAUCGAUGGUGGGCGUUCGCUGUGUAUACAGGACAGACAAAGGGAGCAAAGGGAGAUCCGACAAACAUUUCCCAACAAUACUGAAAGUGAUCUUGUGGGGGUGGAACAGAGUGUUGAAGAAUUGGUUAGUCAUUUGGUGGAGAAUGAUAACACUCAAGUGGUUUCUAUAUCUGGGAUGGGUGGAAUUGGUAAAACCACUCUUGCAAGACAAGUCUUUCAUCAUGACAUGGUGAGAUGUCAUUUUGAUGGAUUCGCAUGGGUUUGUGUUUCGCAAGAGUUUACACGGAAGCAUGUUUGGCAAAGGAUCUUGCAAGAACUUCGACCACAUGAUGGUAGCAUUUUGCAGAUGGAUGAAUAUACACUCCAGGGUCAACUCUUUGAACUGAUGGAAACUGGUAGAUAUAUAGUUGUCCUCGAUGAUGUAUGGAAAGAAGAAGACUGGGACUUAAUUAAACCCGUGUUUCCGCAGAAAAGAGGUUGGAAGAUGCUCCUUACUUCUCGAAAUGAGAGUGUUGGGUUACAUGCAGAUCCAACAUGUUUUGCCUUUAGACCAAGAAUCCUUACUCCCCAAGAAAGUUGGAAGCUCUGUGAGAGAAUAGUGUUCCCUAGGAGAGACGAAACUGAGUUUAGGGUUGAUGACGAAAUGGAAGCCAUGGGUAAGAAAAUGGUCGCAUAUUGUGGAGGACUACCAUUAGCAGUUAAAGUGCUGGGAGGCCUAUUAGCUAAGAAACGUAAAGUUCCUGAGUGGAAAAGAGUAUGUGACAAUAUUGGAACUCAGAUCGUAGGAAAAUCUGGUUUAGAUGACAACAAUCUCAAUUCGGUUCACCGAGUAUUGUCUCUGAGCUAUGAAGAUUUGCCAAUGUGUUUAAAGAAUUGCUUUCUUUACCUAGCCCAUUAUCCUGAAGACUACAAGAUAAAUGUUAAGACAUUGUUCAACUGUUGGGCUGCAGAAGGAAUCAUAACAUCAUUUUACGACGGAUCUACCAUCCGAGAUAGUGGAGAAGGCUACCUAGAAGAGCUAGUGAGGAGAAAUAUGGUUAUUGUUGAAAAAAGCUACUUUGCUUCGAGAAUUGAUUCUUGCCAAAUGCAUGACAUGAUGAGAGAACUAUGCAAAGAAGAGAACUUCCUACAAAUCAUCAAAGUCCCUCCAUCCACCUCUACCAUAAAUUCUCAAUCUCCUAGUAGAUCUCGCAGACUCUCCAUACAUGGUGGUAAUGCUCUUCAAAAGCUGGGGCAGAAAAACAACAAAAAAGUCAGAUCUCUUUUGUUUUUUGGUGACGAGGAUGACUAUUGUAUACAGUCAGCUCCAAGCUUCCAAUGUUUAUCAUUGCUCAGGGUGUUACACCUUUCUAGGGUAAAGUUUGAAGGAAGGAAGAUGCCUUCUAGCAUUGGAGAGCUCAUUCACUUGAGAUUCUUGAGCCUAUACAAAGCGGGGUUAUCUCAUAUACCUUCUUCUCUGCGGAAACUAAAGCUUCUGUAUUAUUUGAACUUACGUGUUGAUGUGGGAUCACCAGUUCAUGUGCCAAAUGUUUUGAAAGAGAUGCAAGAACUGAGGUAUCUUUUACUACCUGUGUCAAUGCAUGAUAAAACCAAGUUGGAAUUAGGUGAUCUAGUGAACCUCGAGUACUUGUGGCGUUUCUCAACGAAACACAGUAGUGUGACGGACCUCUUCUGUAUGACUAAACUCAGGGAGCUCAAUGUAUUUAUCACUGGCGGGUGUAAUUCUGAAACUCUGUCGUCAUCACUCCAUCAACUGAGAGGCCUCGAGGUGCUAAGUUUACAUGAUAGGCAAGAAACUCGUGUGGCUUAUCAUGGAGGAGAAAUCGUUCUGGAUUGUACUCAUCUAAAGGAUUUAGUGUUAGCGAUGCAUAUGCCAAGGUUUCCUGAUCAGUAUCAAUUCCCUCCCUACCUUGCACACAUAUGGCUAAUGCAUUGCAGCAUGGAGAAGGAUCCAAUGCCGAUUCUAGAAAAGUUGCUUUAUCUGAAGUCUCUUGUAUUAACAUGUGGUGCUUUCGUCGGGGACAGAAUGGUGUUCUCAAAAAGGGGAUUUCCUCAAUUGUGUGCUCUAAAACUAUCUGAACAAGAGGAGUUGGAAGAGUGGAUAGUAGAAGAAGGUUCGAUGCCAUGUCUUCCUACUUUGACGAUAGAUAAAUGUAGAAAGUUGAAAGAGCUUCCGGAAGGGAUCAAGUACAUAAUUUCCUUAAAGGAACUGAAGAUAAAAGGAAUGAAGAGGGAGUGGACGGGGAAAUUGGUACCAGGUGGAGAAGAUUACUACAGAGUCCAACACAUUCCCAGUGCUCAAUUUAUCAAAUGUGACCACUAAUAAGGAGAAUGAGCAGUUUCAGACUUUCAGGUAAAGGUUUUUGGUAUUGUGUCCACUCUGUUCAUUCGCUGGUUUUGCAUCUUACUUGGAUUACAAAUUGGAAACGAUUAAGAGAAGUAUAUUGAGGAAGUAUUCAGUAUCAUUCGCUUGUAAGUUCAGAGUAUAUAAGAUUCGAUACAAUCUGGCACAUCUACAAAUUUGACUCUCAUCUAUUUCAUGAAACACGAUACAUACAUUUAUUACAUUCUAAACGACGGGACAAAAA